AUGUCGGCGGCCGUGGACGCUCAAGCUGUCCCGCUAGGGGGCCAGAGGGUUCCUGCGGGCAUGGAAGAUCAUGCCGACUGGCGCAGCUUGCCGGUUGUGGCAAAAAGUUCAGAGCCUGAGGACCUUGGCGUUGCGUAUGGCAAGGUGCUGAAGCUCCGAACUGAACUGGGGGAAAUCAAGAAACUUGUCACAGCCCUCGCUCCCGCCGUCAAGAACCUCAUCUUCGCAUCAGAUGCCGGCAAUGAGGAAGAAGCGUCGUCUUCAAGGAAUCAACUGGAGGAGCAGCUCCAAGAAGUCGAGAAACGAGUAGAAACCGUCCGUACUGAUAUGCCUGCUGCAGCCGUAGAGGGUGCCGCCACGGAUCGUGCUGAAGGAUGGCUGUCGGAGUCCACGGCAGAACUCGUCAAGAACGGGGCAGAGAAGGCUGCCCAGCAGGCACGAGAUGUGGUAGCAGACAGUGCUAACCUAUGUCGGACGUGUCUGGAUGGCGCAUCCCCCAGCGCCAAAGACAGAUUUGGCGACUUUAAUCUGAAACUCAACAGUUUCACUCGCAAGCUCUUCUCCGAACAGGGCAAGCUGAUGGAUGUGUUGAAGGCCAUCCGGAAAGAAAGAAACCAACGGCGAACAGAGCCGCAGCCGUCCCAAGACGCCGGAAAUGAACAGUCGGCGCUUCCGAACUAA